AUGCUGAAGCCAUACUGGUCCUUUAGAGAUGAAAUCACAAUUGACGACGGCAUCCUAACCAAAGGACAACGGAUCAUAGUUCCUUCUACCAUGCAAAAAGAAAUCCUGGACAAACUACACGCUASCCAUCAAGGAGCAGAAAAAACCAAACUCCGAGCAAGAUCAGCCGUAUACUGGAAGAACAUGAACAACGACAUCGACAAAACCACCCAAUCUUGCGUAACGUGCCAGGAGUUUCUACCAAGUAAUCCGAAACAGCCACUGCUACAAACCGAAAUACCACCACGACCAUGGCACACGAUCGCUACUGACCUAUUCUACAUCAACGAGUCUGAAUAUCUACUUGUAGCUGACUACUACUCGAAAUAUCCAUUCAUAAGGAAAAUUCCCAGAGGGCAGAGUAGCAGUAAGCAGGUUAUUGAGUUGAUGAAGCAGAUCUUCAGUGAACAAGGAGUACCAAAGAUUGUAAGAUCCGACAACGGGCCCCACUACAGCAGUGCUAGUUUUCAUGAAUUUGCCAAAGAAUACGGAUUUGAACAUAUCACCAGUUCUCCUCACUACCCCCAGAAUAACGGUUUCAUAGAAAACCAAGUCAAGACGUUGCCAGUGUCCAAAACAUAG